AUGGCUGCAAGUUAUACGCCGACAUCCAGCGACUGUGAAAUCCAAGGGGAGAACGGUGACAAUGAUUUUGAAGAUGAUGGUAGGGGCAGCUAUAAUGACUCCGAUGGCGUGCAUGCCAUGGAUGACAAUAUGGAAGGAAAUGUACUGGGUGGCCAAAAAGGUAAACUGCACUCCAGCAACCGACAUGAAUUGUUAGAGGAUGACAACUUCAUACCCCCUAUAAUAAAGUCAUACAGAGGCUCGAUGAAGACACCCGCAACCAUUCGUAGCAACGCAAAGGAUGGAAAAAUAGCGAAGGGUAUUAGGCGUGCCGGUUUGGAGGGGGAAUCCAAAAUUCGUGAGGAUGUGACGGGAAAACGGUUCGGUGUGGCACAUGUGGAUCGUAUAUCUGAUGAUCUCGCAAGCAAAGACCCUUCAGACAACCAAAACGAUGUCAAUGGCGAUGAGGACGGUGAGAGUGUUGCUUACGUGCGGAAGGAGGGCACAUCGAUCGGCGAGGAAGUAGAACAAUACGAAGACCUAUACACAACCAUGGAGUCAUGGGGGCGAUCCGACAAAAAAGGCGAUCGCGAUGUUUAUAGGUUCCUCAAAAGAAGGCUAAAGGACGUUCAGCAAUCAGCCGAAGUUCAAUAUGCUGAGGACGCAGACGGCAUGACUGUGGAUGAUUUCCUUGAAGCAAUAGACGGGUUGCAAUAUGAAAUUGAGGACCAUCCUGACCUCCCUUACAAGUGGCACCGCUACAUGGAAAUCAUUAAAUCGGGUUACGACGAUAAGAUCCGGGCUGCAAGGCGCAGCAAGCAACUGACGGCAAGUGACGUCGUCGACAAAUGUCUAAGGCAACUCAAGCGGGAAGAGGCAUGCGGAUACAGAUACCCUAUAACAGGCACACCUGACGAAACCUACAGCGAUCCGAACGUGUACAAGGCGUGGGGGCGUACGUCGCUUCAUCAGACCCAAUAUUUGAAAAGGCCGAGUACCACCUGUGGCGAGGUAGAGGAAAGGAACCAUACUUUGGAAGAACUAAUAAUCUCAAACUCGCUCCUUAAAGAUAUGGAUGAAAUAGAGAAACAGCUUGAGGAGAUCAGACACAAAAGGCUAGAAAAGGAGAUUGGACACAUCGAAAGUGUGAACGCGGAAACGUGUAUCAAUUCCUUGCCAGAAGCGAUUGACAACACGACCACAGAUUCGACAACUACCACCACAGAAUCGGUUGAAUGCAGGAGUAUAGGAUCACUGAGUGAUACGAAUGUGGAAAUCAAGUCUGAAAACGAUAUACGUGAAGAGAGCGCUACAGCGACUGAUGGGCAUAACGUUGGCAAUGAUGAUAUACAAGCGCUGCCAAGGGUUGCCGCAACAACGUUCACCGCCACUAUAGAUGGGGAAUACAAAUUGGUUGACACCGAUUUCCUGAGAAGUGAACGGCAGAGGCAGCUGGAAUUACUGCUCUCAUUAAACCCCUACAACCCGUGGGACGAAUACAGACGGAUGACACGGAUUAAAUCUGGGUUGCAACUAAAAGAACCUAUUGAAGUCAAUUAUAAACUCAAUACAGUUGAUUUGAAGGUCAAAUUUGAUUCUUCAGCUAACACUGGCGUUGGAGCGGAAGACAACUCUACUGACCCUCUGUUGAGCCGGGAAUCGACGGGUGAUACGACGGACAACAUUCCCAGCCAGGGAGACAUCAUGCAAAUGGACGGCAGACAAACAAACGUAGAGGGUGUAGCGACGGAGUUGACUGCAACAACCAAUAACGAACAAACUAAUCAUAACGUCCAACUCCCUCCGAACUUUUUACAAGACUACUUGCACCAUUUUCUCAUGCUGCCUGAAGACCAUCAGAUGAUGCAAGUGUUCGAAAAAGCUGAAUACCUGUACGACGUACUCAGGUACUUCGACCCGUUUGAUAGAGAGGAGCCCAAACCGGAGCCUGAGAUCCCCGACGCGCAUGACCGGUUGUUCGGCAUCAUAUUCCCUGGGUGGGAAGGGUUCCCAAAGCCGCCACCAGACCCAGUUUACCCCCUGACAUUGACGCCGGAUAAAUCUCCCGAAACGUAUAGAGUCAAUGCAAUAAACGCUAUGGUCGCUCUUUUGAAGGCGAAGCAACUCUUGCUAACGCCGGCUGCGGAUUUGUUUCAGGAACAGCGUGUGAAGGCAAUACUCACUUCAAUAGAACGCUCACUGGAACUUGAGAUUACGCGGUUAAAACUGCGAAUAGCGGAUAUUGAAGUGCCAGGCAUUGACGCGCAACUUUGCAAAGUAGAUGACGCUUAUUUGGCGACUCUAUCCGCCACAUUGGCCUUUUGGAACGUCCGUGACGGUAUUGAAACCAUUGUGGAUGAGAUAAUUGUGUUAACAACGGCAAAAAUGGCGCAAAUGCGCCCAAAGUACCUCAUCCCUAUUGCCGUCAACUUAGCCAAUGUUCACAAACUGCCCAAAUCGGUUUUUCUGAAGUUUGUCAAAGCGGUAGCGCAACAUGUGCAGCACCAUAUGGCAGCAGAUCUGGUGAAAUGUGCUGUUGAUGUUGACCACCCGAAGUGCAUGGAUUUCGAUACAGGGGCACAAUGUCUGAACCUCUUGGCCAGGUAUCCCGGUGCUCUUACCCGCGAUUUUAUGGUUGCAUUUAUGCAGUUAUACAAACGCGACAUCAUGCAACUCAAGGUGCCAGAUUUUAAGGGCAACAAGGACAUCAUGGUAACCUCAGCUUUACAUGAACCGGAGAGUGGUUUUGCUUGUGCAGAGGGCUACUUAUCGCAAAAUGCACCACGUAAGGAAGGUGAUAACGGUGACCCAGGUACACAGUUGGAAUGCGCCAAAUCAAGUGCAUCUACAAGCAAUCCCCAAGGACCGUGUGACGUCAAUGUAACGUCUAAUGAUGAUAAUGGCGUGGGGUUAGUGGUGGGACCUCAGUACUGGGAAUACCUCCGGCAGGCAGUUGACGAAGAGAUGGCUGCGGUACACCGUCGGCAAGAUAAGCGUGCGCAUCAAUUAAAACACGCCCUAAACGUGCGUGGAAUUAGAGGUCGAGUUGUGCAACAUAUCUGGUCCUUGCUAAGCUGCCUAAGCUGGUGCGACCUAAUAAAGGAGUAUAAACAUGUGGUGGAUACGUUUGAUAUGGAAUCCGUUCUACAAGAUUUCGAGUUAAGCUCUGUGGGGGCCCUAGCCGUGUUACAAACAUGCUCUCAUAAGACCGAUAAAGAGAGAGUGCUUAUUGGUAAAGCAUUAUCUGCUCUCAGGGACGCACGAGCUAUGAUAAGUGAUGAGGCGUGGUUAGAGGCCAUGGAAAUUUAUCGUGAUGCGACCAACACAGGACCUGAAGGAGCCGAACCAAGGAUUGAACCAGACAGUGCUUUCAUCGCUGCCAUGAUGAACCGUUUUGUUGAAAACAGGCAGCCAAGCUGGCAGAUACUUCGGAGAACGGUGGACCUGCUGAGUGAUUUCUCAAGUGUUCUCUCAAAGAACCAGCGACAGGAACUCUUCAGCCAAAUGUGCGAGGCUGUUUGUGACUACGCACAUUUACAAUUGCAGGCUCUUAAUGCCGAGCGCUUGGACUAUCCUUUGAGGGAGAUGGCACAUGUUCUUCGAGUAUCGGCCACAUGCGGUGUACGCAUAGACAAUGUGUGGAAGAUUUUCCUUGAUCUGUUGAAGUUUUUUAAACACACUUUAUCUGUAAAGGACAUAAAGGAAACCCUUCUUGCUCUCAAAGCAGCCAAGUACACAUCUUUAUCCGACGUGGGUGACUUGUUGAUACGUCGCAUGUGCGAUAUUGUGGAGGUGAUGCCGUACACGUCACCCGAUACCUUAUGCGAUAUCAUGGAACUAGCUCUGUCUAUUAAGAUCGACCCCACGAAGUUGCUGCGAUGGUUCCUCUACCUGAAAUUCCACGAUAUUCCAGAACGCGACAUGGACAGACUGGCGAUGGACAUGGUUGGAGAAAAACUGGACUACGAAGUGGACUUCCGUGGAUGGAAGAGACCUGUGGGAAAAGGCACGCCAGGUGAACGGCUUCGACUUUUCAACAAUCUAUUUGCGCCAUACAAGAUGCAUGGGUCGAAGGCAUAUUACCCUAGCGGGGAAUUGAAAUAUGUCAUGCAGCAGAGCAUCAGGGACCCACCACCGUAUUCUGGCAAAAUCAAGCCUAAAUCCGGUGUACAGUUGCCGCGCCAUCUAUCUGAAAGGCUUAAGUACAUUAUCCAGCAGAUGACUGAUUCGGGAUAUGAGUAUGCGCAGGCCGAUAUCGAGCUGUUUAAGUUGGCAGGAGUAAUGCCACAGAAGGCGGGCAGUGCCACAACUCCUGCUAACACUUCUAUAGGUGCGAUAGGUACACAAUACUACAAAGACAGUGACAUUAAAUAUUAA